AUGCCACUGGUUUUCACUUAUUCAAAACGUAUUCUUUCUAGGUAUGAUGUACAAGAACGCUCAGCUGAUGCACACACUCCAAUAUUCUUGCAUCAUAUCUAUCUAGCUUUCAUAUUUUUUCUGUUAUCAUGGAACAAUCACAUCGAACAAAGACUAUUCUUUAUUUUAGCUUUUUUCCUCCACUCGGGCUUAGGCGCACACAUUUUGUUCCCCAACUUGAGAAGAAAUUGCGUCAAAAGUACACAGAGGAAGAAUGUGGAAAGGUAUCCCCCAAACAAACAAGAUACAAACAACCCUCCUACUCUAGAUAGGUUUUCUAUUCUCAGUUCUCCUCCCAUUUACGCACACUGCGCCAGUGUAGGUCAUUGGUGUUUACUAGUUGGUCGCUUUUAG